CAGGAGGGUCGAUCGGUGUGGACUGCUCUCCUCGUGCAGCAGGAAGACGUGUCCAUCAUUGGGGGUGUCCUUCAGGUUUUGGCCUGGCUUUUCUCGUCAUCGGGCCUCCGACUGGAGAUAAUGAAAGGAUGGCCGAGCACUGAACCGGGACCUGAGGAGCUGAAGGAUGCUGCUGCUGCUGCGGCUAACCGGGGGGAGCACGACGACCAGAACACGGAGGCAGGAGCAGACUGGCUGUCUUUGGAUGAGAUACUACGGCUUUAUAACCAGCCCAUCAAUGAGGAGCAGGCGUGGGCCGUGUGUUACCAGUGCUGCAGGACGUUAGCAAAGGGGGACCGGGGCAGGAGGAGCUCCAGCGCCGCUGCCGGAGCAUCAUCUGCAUCCGCGCCGAGGAGGAUAUCCGGACCGGGGGAUGUGAGGGUACACAGAGACGGCUCCGUGACGGUGGAGCAUCAGGGCAAUAAAGGUAAAUGCAGCCCCUGCACAACAACAGAGGUGAUAGAGUCUCUGGGUAUCAUGAUCUACAAAGCCCUGGAUUAUGGUUUGAAAGAGAAUGAGGAGAGGGAGCUCAGUCCUCCUUUGGAGCAGCUCAUCAACCUCAUGAUCAACAGUGCUGAGGCUGAGGGAGACGUCUGUCCAGAUGAAGGCUACGAGGCCACAGAGGAGGAGGAGGAGGAUGAAGCAGACGAUAACCCGAGAAGCCUGUCCACUGUUCAAGGCUACAGAGACAUUCUCAAGCUGUGCAACAGUCAUCUCCCGAGGCUAUCAGAUGUCUCUACUCACUACCAGGCUGUUUGUCGGGCUCUGUUCACUGAAACUAUGGAGCUGCACACUUUUCUGGAGAAGAUCAAGAGUGCCAAAGAGAACCUUCGGAAAAUGGAAGAAGAGUCAUCAGUGGACUCCAGCCAAGACCUAAAUGAACUACAGAAUGCUGACUGGGCUCGGUUCUGGGUUCAAGUGAUGAGGGACCUACGUGAGGGAGUCAAGCUCAAGAAAGUCCAGGAGCGUCAAUACGACCCCCUGCCCAUCGAGUACCAGCUCACUCCCUAUGAAAUGCUAAUGGACGACAUAAGGGCUAAACGCUACAAACUGCGGAAAGUCAUGGUUGAUGGAGACAUCCCUCCUAGAUUAAAGAAGAGUGCUCAUGAAGUCAUUCUAGAAUUCAUCAGGUCCAGACCUCCUCUCAACCCUGUGUCAGCUCGUCAGUUGAAGCCACAGUGCCAGCCUCCUCCAACACUGCAUGAGCGGAUUCUGAAAGAAAUCAAAGCAGAGAGGAAACUUCGACCUGUAUCACCUGAUGAGAUCCGCAAGAACAGGCUAGAUGAGUUUAGUGGAUGCAUGGGCAGCUCUCUGUCUCUGACCAAUGGAUCAACAUCUCCCAGGGUAGAGCCCUCUGGAUCUCAGUCUGCCCCUCAGAGGAAGAGGCUUCUCAAAGCUCCAAGUCUUGCUGAACUGGACAGUUCGGACUCGGAUGAUGAUAGAAUUGGGGGGCAAUCAGCCAGCAGCUCCAGUGUGGCCACAUCUAUUGUGGAUGAUACAUCACCAGAGUCUGCGUUCAGUAAGAAGACUCCCCCCAUGUUCCUGCCCAUCUCCUCUACUCCCCAGCCAGAGAGACGUCAGACCCACCAGAGGAGGCACUCCAUCGAGAAGGAAACUCCCACCAACGUCCGACCCUUUCAGCAACCCUCCAAACAAAACUCUAAAUCUCUGGAGGAAUUUUGUUUUCCUGUUGAGUGUCUGUCUCUAACAGUAAAUGAAGUGAUGCACAUCAGGCAGGUGCUGGUGAAGGCAGAGCUGGAGAAGUUCCAGCAGUACAAAGAAAUCUACAAUGCUAUGAAAAAGGGAAAGCUUUGCUUCUGUUGUCGAACCAAACGGUUUUCCUUCUUCACCUGGUCCUACAUCUGCCAGUUUUGUAAAAAGCCCGUGUGUUCACAGUGCUGCAAAAAGAUGCGCCUGCCAUCCAAACCUUAUUCAAGCUUGCCCAUUUACUCCAUUGGCUCAACCAACACUCUCCCCAGAGAGAGACUAAGUGCUAUGGCUGCAGUGGGACUCUGUGUUGCUGGGGGGCCAGUAGAAGAUGCCAUGGUGCACUCCAACUUGAAGUCAACACCAAGAGUACCCAAAGGAGCUGGGAAAGCCUCUGGAGCUGCUGGAGCUAAAUCUGAAAGCCCUUCUUGUAGCACACAACGCCACAGCAUUCAGAGGGCUGUGUCCAAGUUUUCAAAGCACGGGUCAUUAAAGUCACAUGAAGAACUGGAGCUUCCCCCAGAGCUGACAGAAGACUGGGCCACCAUGGAAGUGUGUGUGGACUGCAAGAAGUUCAUCUCUGACAUUAUUGCUUCUGGCAAGCACAGCCUGUCCCUGGCCACCAAGAGAGCUCGUUUGAAACAAAAGACCCAAUCCUUGUACCUGUCCUCCCCCAAAGGAAGGACAGAGUACCAGCCAUUGCACCAAACAAUCAAAGAGAUCUGAAACUCUUAAACUCUGCUCUGCUGUAAGCAGCAGAUAUGAUCUCAUUAUAUGUGUUUACUUCAGUCAGAAAGUCUCUAAGAAUGCCUGCAGUGACACUUGUGCUGUGUUUUAAUUGAUGUUUUCAUUAUUAUGUUCAUUUCUAUCCGACAGCAGCAUCAAGGAUUUUUCAAGCAUAUUGUACAUAAACCUCUGAUCUCUUUCCACAGUGUUUGAAAAUAGAACUGAUAUGGAGAUCAGUGUCUGUGUCUUAAAGUCUUCCCUACCCUCUAAUGGUUAAGCAACAAGUGCAAAUAAAAUAAAGAUGCUGAUCAAAUUUCUGAAAAAACAAAAAACACUCUAACAUUAAUGUGCUGCAUAUACAUAGGCCCAUGGUACUGUGGUGUGUGGUUUCAUGCUAGAGUGAGUUCUGUGUAUAUUAAACAGAGAUGGGGAACAAGAGGAAACGACUUCCUCUUUUUCUUUUCUAAAAGACAGAAUUUCCUUAGUUAUCCCAAGGACAUCAGAAAAGCCUCACACUGACUGAAGUGUAAUGAUAACCAUCAUUUCACUGAAAAACUGAAAGGACUAUAUUGGCAAUUUCCCUGUUCUUUUCUCUAGAACUAAAAAUGUGAAUGGUGUUGAAACGAAGAGGAAUAUGAGUGGUUAGUUUGCCUUUGAAUAUAGAUCCUACCAUCUAAGACACUCUUCGACAGAAUAGCCACAGACUCUAGCUGAAGUUUCACUUUCAUGCAGUUGCUUCAAUUUUUUAACCACAGAUUACCACAAGUGAGAAUUUUAAGAUCAACAAGCCCAUGGGCAAACAAGUGGGCGAUAAAUACAGAAAUUACAACUGCAUCAGGAGGAAACUGAUAGUUGAGCUGAGCACCUGUGUCCAGUGAGAGUUAGGGCUCUUUUAUUUAAAGGGCCCUAACUCUCACUGGGAAGCUGUCCACACAAAGGCCAGUUCAGAGCUUUUCACACUUACGCAAUCAUUUUUUCAGCUUAAAGGGAUAUUUCGAGAUUUUUGAAGUUGGGUUGUACGAGGCGCUUGGCUAUAGUAGUAGCAUUAGCCUCUGGUGAUUUCCGUGUAAUUUGAUCCUGUUGUGAUAACGAGCUCGGAUAGAGCCGGCACAUAGCGACUGUAGAUGAGAGCGUGUUGUCCGCGUAAAUUAACGAGUUUCACGAAAAAAUGGGCCAAGAAAAUUUGUUGGCUCACCUGUGCGCUGUGCUGAAAACGUACACAGCGCUUCAUUUCUCCCAUAAACCCUGUCUGUGUCAGGUACUAAUUCACGAUGCAGCUUUCGCCAUUUUGUAUCCUUCUGCCUCUGAACACUGUUUACAUCCGCUGGUUAGCUGUGCGGAUCUGCUGUGAUCUGCAGAAAUAAUAACACCACAUCAAGCUAAAACAAUGAUAGCAUGAGCGAUUUUGACACGAGUGAUGAUGAUGUGCUCUUUACUCUGGACACGAGAGGAUAUUUGUAUGAACUGGAGUACACUGAAGUAGAAAUUAAACAGCCGCUAUGUGCCGGCUCUCUCCAAGCUCGUUA